CGUGAUUGGUGAAUUGUAUGCUCUACUACUGUCCUAUAAUAGUUUGUAGUUGGGUGACGAAAUUCUGAGCAACCUUCUGACAAGUUUCCAUUUCACGCCAUUCAAUGGUUGUAAGCGGUCAGUGUGUGGCCCGUAAGUCAACGUACGACUUAUCUCUGCUGACCUCACAGACAGCCAUUGCAUUGUGUAUUCAAGACGACGUUUUUCCCCAGACUUUUGAAAAGGAUGUAUUACCAGUGGGCCACUGCAUAAAUCGAUCUACUCUUAAAAUGCACAGUUAAAUAGAAGUUACGAGACACAACAACUCUUUUCUGCAAGUCAUCAGAAAGAAGACGGGACACAAUCAUGGUGAUUCAAAACGGUGACGCUACCAGGAACCGCGCGGCAGAUGCGUCGUCGGCGUCACUGGCGUCAUCAAAUAACGUUACUGUGGUGCAGUUAAAGAAACAAAUCAAUUUAUUUCAUGCUGUUUGCAUAAUAGUUGGCAUUAUCAUAGGAUCUGGUAUUUUUGUGUCCCCUGUCGGAAUUCUACAAAAUGUUAAAUCGGUUGGGAUGUCGUGUGUUAUGUGGGCCGUCUCUGGAGUUUUUUCGGCGCUGUGCGCGCUCUGUUACGCCGAGCUGGGCGUCACCAUCCCUGAGUCCGGCGGCGAGUACACUUAUAUCAAGCGAGCCUUCGGCGAUUUUCCCGCCUUUUUGGCGAUGUGGAUAAACUUUAUCAUUAUAUGUCCAGUUUGUGUUGCAGCAUCCUGUCUAAUUUUUGCAACUUACAUUCUCCGUCCGUUCUUCCUGGACUGUGACCCCCCAGUAACCAGCAUCAGACUUAUAGCAGCCCUAGUAAUAGUUUUUCUAAUCUUAGUAAACUGUGUCAAUGUCAAAUGGGCCACAAAGAUUCAGGUUGUGAUCACGGCCAGUAAGCUGCUGGCACUCUUCCUCAUCAUUGUCAUCGGAUUCGUCUCCAUGGGUCAAGGCAAUGUCGAAAAUUUCAACAAAGCUUUUGAUGGCAGUGAUUUCAGCGCAGGUGCUAUUGCAAUUUCAUUUUACUCAGGAUUUUGGGCAUUUGGGGGAUGGAGUUAUCUGAACUUUCUAACGGACGAGCUGAUUGACCCUCACAGAAACCUGCCAUUAGCCAUCAUCAUUUCGAUGACCAUAGUGACCCUGGUUUACCUGGUGGCUAACAUCGCCUACUUCUCCGUACUUACACCGAUGGAGAUGCUACGGUCGUCAGCUGUAGCGGUGACCUUUGCAGAACAGACAGUAGGUGUAAUCGCGUGGAUUAUGCCCGUUCUGAUCGCGAUUUCAGUGAUGGGAUCCAUGAACGGGACUUGUCUAUCCAUGUCAAGGUUGUUCUUUGUGGGGGCCAGAAAUAGCCAUCUUCCAAAUAUAAUCUCCAUGAUUAAUUACAAGUAUCUCACUCCGGCGCCCUCUCUCCUGACCAUUCUGAUAUUGACACUGGUCAUGCAGAGUUUUGAGGAGAUUUUCUUCCUGAUCGAGAUGAUGGGGUUUGGUUUCGCCAUCGUUUUAACCUGUGUCUUCGCUGGCCAGAUCUACCUGAGAUUCAAAGAGCCCGACAUUCCAAGGCCCAUUAAGCUUCCCAUCAUCCUCCCCAUUUUUCUGCUGGCCGUCAGUUUACUGAUUUUAGUCCUCACGUGUCUACAAAAGCCCGCGGAAAGUCUGCUUGCAGUUAUCCUCAUUUUGGCGGGAGUUCCGCUCUACCUCAUUGGUGUUCUAUGGAGGUCAAAACCUCGCGAGAUUUCAGACCUUAUACAUCAAGUCACGUGUUUCAUACAAAAAAUUCUGCUGGUUGUUCCCCAGGAGAAAAGCAAGGAGUUGAAAUAAUCAGUUAAGGAAUUGGUCCCGAAAUCGAGAAACACAAAACUGACCAAUAUUUAAGCCGCAUACUAGUGUUCAUAUCAUGGAACAUAUUAUACACUGGUGUAUAUAUAUACAUAGUCUAUAUGUUGUUUUCUUGGUGUGCUGUAACUUGUACUAUAGAGUAGACUAGUACACGAUAUACUAGUAGUUUGAGAUGCCUGCCAGAUUCCAUUUGAAAUGAUAUAAUGACUUUAUUAUUAAGUCGGUAAUAUUGAAAUGUAUGGUGUAAAUACCGUUAUAUUUUAUUGUGUUCAAUUUGAAUUUAACUUUCGAAGCUAUAUGAGAAUUUUUAUAGUUAUAUUCUUUGUCUGUCCUUUUAUUUAGAUACGAUGCUGACAAAUCGUUAUAUAGAAAUAAAACGACCUUUCCAUUGGU